AAGGCAGAGAUUGGAGGCUCAGGCAGUGACGUAACUUGCUGCUUUAGGUGGCCUUCCGCUCUGGCGGCUGUCGCGACGGGGGUUCAGGGACCAUUUAUUGGGGCUCCCCGCUCCCUCUGCUCUUGGAGGUGCCAUGAGAUCGGUUAGCUACGUGCAGCGCGUGGCGCUGGAGUUCAGCGGGAGCCUCUUCCCGCACGCUAUCUGCCUUGGAGACGUUGAUAACGAUACGUUAAAUGAACUGGUGGUGGGAGACACCAGCGGGAAGGUGUCUGUGUAUAAAAAUGAUGACAGUCGGCCAUGGCUCACCUGUUCCUGCCAGGGAAUGCUGACUUGCGUUGGGGUUGGAGAUGUAUGUAAUAAAGGAAAGAACCUGUUGGUGGCCGUGAGUGCUGAAGGCUGGUUUCAUUUGUUUGACCUGACACCUGCCAAGGUGUUGGAUGCUUCUGGGCACCACGAGACACUAAUGGGAGAGGAGCAGCGUCCAGUCUUCAAGCAGCACAUCCCCGCCAACACCAAGGUCAUGCUGAUCAGUGACAUCGAUGGAGAUGGGUGUUGUGAGCUGGUGGUGGGUUACACAGACCGUGUGGUGCGAGCUUUCCGCUGGGAGGAGCUAGGUGAGGGUCCCGAACAUCUGACAGGGCAGCUGGUGUCCCUCAAGAAAUGGAUGCUGGAGGGCCAGGUGGACAGCCUCUCAGUGACUCUGGGACCACUGGGUGUUCCUGAACUCAUGGUGUCUCAGCCAGGCUGUGCUUAUGCAAUUCUACUGUGUACCUGGAAAAAGGACACUGGGUCCCCUCCUGCCUCCGAAGGGCCCACGGAUGGCAGUAGGGAGACCCCAGCUGCCCGAGAUGUGGUGCUGCACCAGACGUCUGGCCGUAUCCACAACAAGAACGUCUCCACUCACCUAAUUGGCAACAUCAAACAAGGCCACGGCACUGAGAGUAGUGGCUCUGGCCUCUUUGCCCUGUGCACCCUGGAUGGGACACUGAAGCUCAUGGAAGAAAUGGAAGAAGCAGACAAGCUGCUGUGGUCAGUGCAGGUGGAUCACCAGCUCUUUGCCCUGGAGAAACUGGAUGUCACCGGCAAUGGGCAUGAGGAGGUAGUUGCAUGCGCCUGGGAUGGACAGACAUACAUCAUUGACCACAACCGCACCGUUGUCCGCUUCCAAGUGGAUGAAAACAUCCGUGCCUUCUGUGCAGGCCUGUAUGCCUGCAAAGAGGGCCGUAACAGCCCCUGCCUCGUAUAUGUCACUUUCAACCAGAAGAUCUAUGUGUACUGGGAGGUGCAGCUGGAGCGGAUGGAGUCUACCAAUCUGCUGAAACUGCUGGAAACCAAGCCUGAGUACCACAGCCUGCUGCAGGAGCUGGGUGUGGAUCCUGACGACCUCCCUGUGACUCGUGCCCUGCUUCACCAAACACUCUACCAUCCAGACCAGCCACCACACUGUGCUCCCUCAAGCCUCCAGGAUCCCACCUAGCCGUUCUUGCCUCAGAGCUGGUGAAGGAUUCUUCCGAACCCCCACCCUACCCCCUAAAGGUAUCUGUGAUAUUGGCAGGAUAGGGAAUAUGCAUUACAGAAAUGCAGGAUUUGACUCUGGACAUGAAAGAUGGCAGCAGCGCUAGGGUGACCAUGAACUAUAGACCUCGCAGUCUUUUUGGUGAAAGAAGAGACAAGUUGACCCUCUGCCCAUUUCCUUAUGGACCUCACCCAUCACGCCAGCAGGGUCAUAGGACCCUGGCCUUGUUCCAGAUCAUCUGGGACAUGUCCCACUUCCCACUUUGACUGUUGAAAACAGAGACUUGUUUGCAUGGCCCCAACACUCAUAAGGAAACCAGGCUUUAGGCCCAGGGGAGCAAUGGAGGUAAGGGCUCCACCCCAUCUUAAGCUCUGUCUUCCAUGGCACAAUUCCAAGUUCUUGACAUUAGUAAUUGUUAAAGGAAUGGCAAACUGUUUUGUUUUGAGGGAUCUUUCUACAGUCUGGUCUCACCCUUGUUCCUAGCAACCCUGAGAUGAAUUUCCUCCAUUUACCAAAGCAGCUGGGUCAGUGCUUUCUCAUGUUGCCAUAUUCUUCAGGUAUUAGUGAGCUUCAGAAGCCCUGCUCCCAUUUUUCCACCCACUCAUUCCCCCGUAAAAGAGCUUAUCGUCUCUAAGACAAUAGACAUUUAAAAUGUGAUGCAGGUUUAUGAUCCAGACCACAAUCAGAAUUAUAUCUCGGGUCAUUUAUGUGCUGUCUGUUCUUGAUUCUCUGUGCUCUAAGUCGGUGUUUUUCAAACUGUGGUUGCAGUCCUUUGGUGGAUUAUGGCCAGCAUUUUUAGAAUAGGUAGAAUAGAAUAAAGUAAAAUAGGAAACAGCAGA